AAAGACUCUUGGAGGGUCGAGAGAAACGAGAAGCGAGUAUUUUGUCCACCGGACAUCACGAGAUAGCAAAGGGCCAAGGUUCGACGGGGAUCGGGGGGCCGAUGAGGAGGCCGUUGGGCGAGACGACAACGGCGGUUUCCCCGGUGACAGGGAGGCUGUGCCAGAACCCGAGGCAAGCGUCCGUGGUAAACCGGCGAGCGAGAUCAGCAGGCGCGAUUCGUUUCUCAAGAAGUUCGUAAGGACGACGCACAUCGGUGUCAGCUGUGAAAAAUUGGUGCGCAACAUACGCAGAAGUCCGAAAGUUAUAAGGAAGAAAUUCUUUUCAUCCCGGAGCAGCGAGUCUUCGGGUAUCGUGGCCGAUAACGUCGAGGACGAUUACGAAAGGCCGAGCGUACCGAUACGGAGACACAAGCCGAGAGAUCCGACGAGCAGGAAGGAAGACGGCCGCGCCGCUCUCCCGUCGAGAGAUGAAGAGGAGAAAAAGCGGGUUUUCCAGUUGGAGGAACAGUACGCAAGCUCUCGAAGCGUCUCGGUCGAGGACGUCGAAGAGCUCAUCCGCUCCGAGGACAACUUGCGUCUCCUCGAAGCCAGGGCUUUCAUAGUGAGGGAAAACCGUCGCGCGUCGCGUCGGAUCGACGCGUGUUACGCUACCGCGAUACCAAAAACGGACACUCGUCUGUUGCAGCUCCCGAAAAGCGAUUAUUUCAACGACGAUUCCUCGGAGGAUUCAUCCCCGGAGACCGAUCUCGUAUUGACUGAAUCGAGAUUCCACAAACGCAGGAAUCGUCAGGAUUCGUCGAGCGGUAAAACGCCCGAGAAACUUUCUCCUCGGAGCGGCAAAUUGAAAUAUUCACCGCCCCCUCAAGACGUCGAUCGUGCAAUCGACCUUGAAGACUCAAUCGAGGAGCAAAGUUCCCCGCUGCCGAGGAGCCUCGGUUCGCGCGAUCCCGAAUCAACAACAUCGACGAACGCUUGUCAAGGGUCAUCCGAUAAACUCGUCCCGAGCGAUAAGAGUCUCGGGGAAAAUCGCGAGCGCGAGCCUCCUCCACUCCCGACGAAUCUUGUCGAUCCAGCUCCCUCGACGUGCAACCGGCGACAGCAGUCGGAGGAAGACUCGGACGCGGCUGCGAGGCUCGCCGACGACGAGCAACGGAGCGCGGAAAGCAACGAGUCCGCAAAAUGCCGAAUUGCAGUAUUCACGGCGGAUGCAACGAAAGUCGAGCGCACCGGGGCAAAAUCGUCGUUUGUUUCAACGCAACUGCGGCCGGUAAAAGACGACGGGAGGAAGAGUACACCGAAGACGAGGACACCGACGAGGACGAAUCGUAGCCUGAGCUGUUCCGGUUCCAACAGCCCGAGAGCACCGAACGCGGUUCCCGGAUCGAGCUCGAUCCCGGAGACUUUUCGUGCUCGCGACGAAUUGAGCCUCCGUCUCGUUGAGCCUCCGAACUUUGUUGUUACGAUCAGCGAGGUCGAAAGAGCCGAGGAAAAUAAUCACGGGACUGGCGAAUCGCCGUACGAGGAAAGACUCGAGCGAAACGGAAAAGUGAAAAGUUAUUUGGUCGAGUUAGAGGGGCCGGAGCUGAGGGAACGCCUCGAAAAUCCGAGUCCGACGUCGAAUAGCCGAGACCGGGGGAAUUUCGCUGUUGAAUAUUUUGGAGAUUACGUUGAGAGAAAAGUAGAUUACGAGUGCAGCGACGGCGUCGAGCCGAACGACCUUUGGCGGCGAGCGUCGAUCGAGCGUUGCGACGAAAUCUCGUUAAACAGGGAAGUUACAACGGCGAGGGAGAAAGGUGAAAGUAAAUUCGUGGUUAAGGGGCUAAGGGAGAAUCGUCGAGACGUGGAAAAGCGCAGAAGUUUGUUGAGCGAUUUACCGAGCGAUCGAAUAAAGGAGGAGCCCUCGGCAUCGGAGCCGAGGAAAAAUAGCGAGGAGCGGAGCGAUUCGAACGGGUCGAAUUCGAAUGCGACGAGGCUCGAAAAAGCCGAGGAAUUCGUUAAAAAAAUUGGCAACGUCAAGAGCUCCGGAUCGCUGAGGUCCGCGAAAAAGUCGCUCCGAGCGAGCCACCAACGCAACGCAACGCGCACGAAAAUCAAACCGGAAUCCACCAUGAAGAUCGCAUUCAGGGUUAUGAGAAUACGCGAAAAACUGAUCUUCGGUAUCAGCGCGUUCGCCAUACUCUUCACGCUCCUCCUCGUCAUGGAUCUACAAAUGGAUCUCGGCUACAGCGGUCACCAUCUCGUUCCGAGCCACGGACGCGUGAGGUUCGGCGAUGCCCCAAACCGAGAAACCGUUUACAAUAAUUUUCGUCAAAAAUUUAUGCACCGCGGAAACGCGAGCAAAGAAUCACCCUCCGGCGGUGACGCAGCCGCGGCAACCGCCAACUACAAUCGGGACGACCCCCCGACCGGGCGACGCACCGGUAAAACCGAUAAACCGGAAGCGCACGAUGACUUUUCUGAUCUCAUGGAUUACGUGAUCAACGGGGACGGUGUCAAUCCGGAAACUGGUGUAAUACGAACAAGCGGUGAGGAUUACACGGAUAAUCCGACUCUCGGAAGUCUCAAGAGAGCAUCGCCGAGGAAGAACAGUACCGUUCUUGAGAGGUUUCAUCUGGAAAUAUCGAGGACUGAGCUGUAUCCUAAAGACUCGAGAUACGUCGAUGAAAUAUUGAGAGAAAUGGCGACUCGGACGAUUCUCCACGUUGUUCAGAAAGAAGGUGGAACUCAGCUGAAGCUCGUGAUUGAUUAUGCGGACGAUAUGCAGGCGUUAUUCAAGCCAAUGAGAUUUCCUCGAGAGCAACAGACCUUGCCGAACCAUUUUUAUUUCACGGAUUUCGAGAGACACAACGCAGAAAUAGCGUCUUUUCAUCUCGACCGUUUGCUCGGUUUUCGACGCGCGAUGCCCGUCGUCGGUAGAACUUUGAACAUGACGACCGAGAUUUACCAGAUUGCGGAUGGAGAAUUGUUGAAAACCUUUUUCGUCAGUCCCGUCGGCAACGUGUGCUUUCACGGCCGUUGCAGCUAUUAUUGCGACACCGGUCACGCAAUAUGCGGCAAUCCUGACACACUCGAGGGCAGUUUCGCCGCUUUUUUACCGAGCAAACAGUUCGCCAAUCGCAAAGUUUGGCGACAUCCUUGGAGGCGAAGUUAUCACAAACGCAAAAAAGCUCAAUGGGAGCACGACUCGGACUAUUGUACCCUGGUGAGGGAUAUUCCCCCGUACGACGAGGGUCGACGACUCCUCGAUCUCAUAGACAUGGCUGUUCUUGAUUUUUUAACCGGAAACAUGGAUCGUCAUCAUUACGAAACUUUUAAAAUCUUUGGCAACGAUUCGUUCACACUGCACCUCGAUCACGGACGAGGAUUUGGCAGGCCGUAUCACGACGAGAUAUCGAUACUGGCGCCUCUUUUGCAAUGUUGCAUUAUAAGACAGAGCACUGUUAGCGUGCUGCUCAAAUUUCACAAUGGUCAACCGCGGCUGAGCGGAGCGAUGCGUAAGAGCAUGGGAGUAGAUCCGAUAGCGCCGGUUUUAUGGGAGCCACAUUUGACAGCGUUGGACAGGCGGGUCGGUCUUGUACUUCAAGCGGUGCGAGAUUGCCUGGACCGCAGCAUCCAGCCGGAUCAAGUGAUACAAAGCAGAGAGAGCGAGAACCGUUGAAGAGGGAAAUAAAAUGAGCAAUGACUCGACGAGAGUAGACAGAAAAAUGAGAGCCUCAAUUCCGAGGAUGAAAAAAGCUCGGUCAACAUUGACGAGAGUCGAAGCAAACCGCGCUGAGCUCUCAAUAUACUCUCUCAGCUUUACUCGCCGAGAGGGAAGGAAGGGGAAUUAACGGAGCAGCGACGAAUAAUAAAAUAAAGCGAUAUGCAGAUAAAUAGUUGGAAGAAUUUUUCAAGUCUUUGUCACCCGAAUGAUUGAGAAAACGAAGAGAAACGAAAAACUUUAAGUUGACGAGGCUGCGAGCUCCCUCUCAUGUUCCUGUACCUAUGUAAAUUAUGUAUAAAAAAAAGAAAAAGAUAUUUCAACUAUUACGAAUAUUUCCUAGUAACGAUAAGUUUAGUCGUAAGCGAGGCUUAGCUGGCAUUUUUUAAAUGAAACACUGUAAGUGUGGAGCACAAAAACAUGAGACGACGAAGUGGCGAGCUUCAUGGGGCCAUUCGCGUACGUGCGCACCUGUACAGAUUGGGUGUCUAAAAAUAUCAUUUUUUCUCAUCUUUCAAUGAGGCCUGAAUGACCUUGAUCGGGAGACUCGAAGGUAAUGGUACGCGCGAAAACAAAGUGCCGCGUGCUUCUUUUAUCAUCGUCGCGUAUCGAUUCGUCCGGCGUUUUGAAUCGAAUUAAUGAAGAAAAGAGUAAUUUUUAUAAUGUGAAUUUUAAAAUGACGAAAAUCAGGGCGCUCUUACUCGAUGAGUUUGAAUCCUCGUUCGAAUUCACUCGAAAUUCCAAUUAUUUGCCACCAUUGUUUCAUGCGUUAACGACAUAAAAGCAGGAGAAAUGUAGUCGUUUCGAUUUCUGAAAAAAUAUUUUCAAAUCUGCGAUAACGAUCCAUUGAAUUAUGGAAUAUUCAGUCACUUCCGGUCGGUCGAGAUGAGCCAAACAAAUGUUUCUACCGCUUGUCAAGCGCGUACGAAAUUACUACGGAGCUUUUGAUCCACGAAACGAACCGCACAGGCGCACGAAAAAAAAUCGUGAAUUUGGAUAAUCGAGAUAAGACUUUUCGUGUAUAAUUCGAUGGCCCAAGAGUGGUGUGACGAACGAAUGUACGGAGCGAAAAAGAUUAUUUUUCGACCUCUUGUCUAUGUAAAAUAUUGAUAUGAAUAUUAAGUGUAUGAAUAAAUAAGUGUACAUACACGUGUAAUUGAAUGUAAAUGCAUAAAUAUACGAGCGUCGAUUUGGAAA